AUGGAGCCUAGCCCCGUCGCCAUUCAGACGAAGGAUCUCGCAAACAGGUCCGCUAACCGGACCGCCCUGCUCGAUGCGGUCGAGGAUGUCCUCUUUGGCUCUAUAGCGGGCGUGGUCGGCAAAUACAUUGAGUACCCCUUUGACACCGUAAAAGUCCGUCUCCAGUCCCAACCAGACGGCGUACCACUACGAUACACCGGCCCUAUUGACUGCUUCAAACAAUCGCUCGCUUCUUCGGGCAUUCGCGGUCUCUAUGCCGGAAUCUCCGCGCCACUUGUUGGGGCGGCGGCCGAGACAUCCUCGCUCUUCUUCUUUGAGAGUCUAGGCCGGGAAGCCCUCUUCAAGCUAGGAUGGGCGGACAGGGAGAAAGGCCUGAGCCUGCCUGCGCUGUGGGCUACCGGCGCCUUUUCCGGCGCAUGGACGAGCCUCGUGCUCACACCCAUUGAGCUGGUCAAAUGUCGGAUCCAGGCGCCCGGCGUGGGGAGCGGCGGCGUGCCAUUGAAGCCCUUUGGCGUGAUCCGGGAUGUCUACCGCCAUGAGGGUAUCCGGGGCUUCUGGCACGGGCAGCUCGGGACGCUGAUCCGCGAGGGCGGUGGCUCAGCCGCCUGGUUCGGCGCGAAGGAGACUACCACCGCUGCCUUCUAUCGGAUGGCCGCCAAGAAUACAUCAUCCGAGGCGGAAAGGCGAGAUAUUCUACUGAAGCCGCUCCCACUCUGGCAGCAAGCAGUGGCGGGCGCGUCCGCGGGCGUCUCGUACAACUUCCUCUUCUUUCCCGCCGAUACCAUCAAGUCGCGGAUGCAGACUUCGCCUGUGGGCGGCACGCAGAGCAGAAAGACUUUUGUGCAAGAGGGCGCGGCGAUAUGGCGCCAGUAUGGACUCCGCGGAUUGUAUCGCGGUUGUGGAAUCACGUGUGCGCGCUCUGCGCCGAGCUCGGCGUUUAUUUUCAUGGUUUAUGAUGGGCUGAAAAGGCGUUUUCCACUGCAAUGA